GUUUCUGCUGUGAGAAGGGCAACAGACUACUGAGCAUAGUGAAAAGGCUCCUUGGUUUCAUACUGGGAAUGCAGAAGCAAUGCUUUCUGCUCCUUGCUUCUGAUGUUUAAAUUCUGGUCCCAAGAAAACUGGAUCUGUUGUUAAGAAACUGAGGGAGAGUUUAACCAUUUGUGACAAAGACCACGUGUUCAAGAACUAAGAACCGCAGUUAAUAGGAGACUUACAUGAGAUUCAGAAGAAAUACAAUUGUUGAAGGGGAAUUGUUUCCUGAUUUCAUAACUGGAGAAGCUGAAACAGUGACAGAUUUACUGUUGAGGGGUGGAAGGUGUGAGUGAGUGUUCCAGCAACAAAUAUCAACAGGUGCAACUGAAAGGGGCUUUCAAAGAUGUCGAAAACUAACAAAUCAAAAUCUGGAUCCCGCUCAUCUCGUUCAAGAUCUGGAUCAAGAUCACGAUCUCGAUCCUUUUCCAAAUCCCGUUCCCGUUCCCGUUCUGUCUCACGAUCAAGGAAACGCAGACUCAGUUCUAGGUCCCGUUCAAGAUCAUAUUCUCCAUCUCACAACAGAGAAAGGAACCACCCAAGAGUUUAUCAGAGCCGGGAUUUCAGAGGUCACAAUAGAGGGUACAGAAGACCAUAUUAUUUCCGUGGGCGGAACCGAGGAUUUUAUCCAUGGGGCCAGUAUAACCGAGGAGGCUAUGGAAAUUACAGAUCAAAUUGGCAAAAUUAUCGCCAAGCCUACAGCCCUCGUAGAGGGCGUUCCCGCUCUCGAUCACCAAAGAGAAGGUCUCCAUCACCAAGAUCAAGAAGCCAUUCUAGAAAUUCUGAUAAGUCAUCUUCUGAUAGGUCAAGGAGGUCUUCAUCUUCCCGGUCUUCCUCGAACCACAGCCGAGUUGAGUCUUCCAAGCGUAGGUCCAUAAAGGAAAAAAAAUCCUCUUCCAAGGAUACGCGAGCAUCACAGGCUGCAGGAGAUAAUCAAGGGGAUGAUUCAAAGGAUCAGCAAUUUUCAGGAGGAGCUGCUCAAGAUGUCAAGUCGUCUGAGGCAUCAAAGCCGUGGCAAGACAUGAGCACUUACAGCACAAGUUCAGUGUCAAGAGCAUCUGCUGUGCCUGACCUUAGCCCAAGAGAGCGCAGUCCUGCACUAAAAAGCCCUCUUCAGUCUGUUGUGGUGAGACGCCGUUCUCCUCGACCAAGCCCGUUGCAAAAGCCCAGUCCUCCAUUGUCAAACCCCUCACAGCUAGGUGGCUCUUUACAAAGCAGUGCCUCGUUCCAGGCAGGCUCACAUCAGGGUUCAUUUGACCAUGGUUCAUCAGGAUUAAGCCCAACGAGGAAGAGCCCUGUGUGUAAAAGUCCCACGACAAUCAGUUCAAUUUAUGGUUCCUCGCAGAAGGAGGAAACAGCAGCUCCUGGGGGGGCAGCCUUCUCAAAGAGGUAUUUGGAAGAACAGAAGACUGAGAAUGGGAAAGACAAAGAACAGAAACUAACAAAUGUUGAAAAGGACAAAAUGAAAGAGAAGGGAAGCUUCUCUGAGUUGGGUUUAGCAGAUGGCAAGACGAAAUCAGACCCGUACACCUCCAAAACUGACCCUGAAAAGCCUUAUCGCAGCAGCCAGUCUCCUAAACGCUAUAAGCUUCGUGAUGACUUUGAGAAGGUGAAGAUGGCAGAGUUCCACAAGGAAGGUCAUUAUGGCAAAGAGGAGAUGGAUGAGCAGGAUAAGAAAGACAAGGCAAAGGGCCGAAAGGAUUCAGAAUUUGAUGAUGAGCCCAAAUUCAUGUCUAAAGUGGUAGCAACCUCAAGCAAAAAUCAGGAUGAGGAUAGGCCAGGUAAAUGGGAAGGCGUAGUGUUCUUACCAUCUGCAAAGGAGAAGCAAAGGAAAACUGAGGAAAUGGAGGAGGAUCCAUAUUCUGAAAGAUCUAAAAAAGAAGACAAGCUAGCAUCCAAGAGAGCAGAAGCUGGUCACAGGGGGUUUGUUCCUGAGAAGAAUUUUAGAGUGACUGCUUACAAAGCAAGUCAGGAAAAAAGUGCUUCACCACCUUUGAGAAAGGCCUCUGAGAGUCGGGAAAAGCCAGGAACCAGAGGAGAUGGUUUAGCCACUGGCAAAUCCUCCUUUUCCAUUACCCGGGAGGCCCAGGUCAAUGUCCGAAUGGAUUCCUUUGAUGAAGAUCUUGCACGUCCAAGCGGUUUAUUGGCGCAAGAGAGAAAGCUGUCUCGUGACUUAGUGCACAGCAACAAAAAAGAACAGGAGUUCCGCUCCAUUUUCCACCAUAUUCAGUCAGCUCAGUCUCAGCGAAGCCCUUCUGAAUUGUUUGCUCAGCACAUAGUGACUAUAGUUCACCAUGUAAAAGAGCAUCACUUUGGGUCUUCAGGAAUGACACUGAAUGAACGCUUUACAAAAUACCUAAAGAGAGGAAUGGAGCAAGAUCAAGCUAAAAACAAGAAGAGCCCUGAAAUCCACAGGAGGAUAGAUAUUUCUCCCAGUACUUUCAGAAAACAUGGAUUCACUCAAGAGGAAACGAAGAGCUCCAGAGAGUCUGGCAACAAGACUGAAGGGAAAUAUAAAGAUGACCCAGUUGAUCUGCGCCUUGAUAUUGAACGCCGUAAAAAACAUAAGGAAAGAGAUCUUAAACGAGAGAAGUCGAGAGAAUCGGUGGACUCAAGAGAUUCAAGCCAUUCAAGGGAAAGAUCAACUGAGAAACCUGAGAGAACUCACAAAGGCUCAAAAAAGAAGUAUAACAGGAGAGUGCGUGAGCGAUCCAGAUCCACUUCUUCAUCUUCACAAUCUUCUCGUUCAUACAAAGGGGAGGACUACCCUGAGGAGAACGAGGAGAGGGAAGAGAGCACCACAGGCUUUGAUAAAUCUCGGCUUGGGACAAAAGAGUUCACUGGCCCAAACGAAAGAGGAAGAGCUAGAGGGACCUUCUUCAGAGCAAGAGGGAGAGGAUGGAGCAGAGGCACCUUUUCUGGAAACAAUAACAACAAUAAUAGCGGCAGCAGCAAUGACUUUCAGAAGCGAAAUAGGGAUGAGGAGUGGGACCCAGAGUACACACCCAAAAGCAAAAAGUAUUAUCUGCACGAUGACCGGGAGGGUGAAGGUGGUGAAAAGUGGGUGAACAGAGGCCGAGGCCGGGGUGCCUUCCCCCGAGGAAGAGGUCGUUUCAUGUUCAGAAAAUCAAGCACUAGCCCCAAGUGGGCCCAUGAUAAAUUUAGUGGAGAAGAAGGCGAAAUUGAGGAUGAUGAAAGCGGAACAGAGAACAGAGAGGAGAAGGACAACCUACAGUCAGCUGCUGACUAAUCAGGAGGUCUGCAUGUCCCUGAGCAUCCUGGCAAGGCGGAAGAGGAUCCGGCUAGGCAGUGUUGGAAUCUGCCAGGGUAAUGCUGACAUGCUGAACAGAGCUCUGCAGAGUAGCUCUGAAAUGAUACUAACUGCGUUUUUAAGAUUCAGCCUCUGUACAUGUGGACUGGGAUUGAUCACUUACAUUCGGAUCCACUGUUGGAGUAUAUCUUUCUUCCCAAAGACUUUACCUUCUGGACAGAAUAAGGUCCAAUAUUAAGUGUGAUCCUAACAUUUGUCUCUUGUGACCUUAUUAGAUGGUCAGGUUUUUUUUUUUUUUUUUUUGGCAUCAGUCUUUGACGACAGUGUGAGUUCCGGUUUGUGCCCAGCUUAACCCAGUAUCUUGACAUUUUUUGUUUCUCUCUUAUAAUUUGAGGUGAUAAAGGUGGGGAUUAACUCAUCUGCUUAAAUUUUUCUCCCCUCCUGUCUAUUUUGUUUUUUAAAUUCAUACUCUACUUAUUUUAGGCCUUUGUGUAUGUAGUUAAGAUGGCUAAUUUUGGAAACUAUUUUUGGUUCUUAUAAGAAAACAAUGAAGCACGUGAAUAAACAUCUAAAUGUUAACUUGGAGUUGGGACCAAACUGCUAUGAUUAUUUUUAAAAACUAAUUUUUUGUAUGUAUUGGUUGAGUUUAGAGCCUUUUUAAACCACCUUAUUUUUUUUCUUUUAUGCUAAAAAUUUAAAGCUAGCAUGACAAAAGUGCACCCUGCUCUUCUCCCAUUUUAGUGCAUAUGCUGCUAGAACUGGUUCUUGUAUGGGGGAAUCCCAAACUGCUCGUAGGCAUUGUGUGAAUCCUCUGCAGCUGGUUGUGAACUUAAACGUUCUUUCGAGGGUUAACAUAGUUUUCUAAGAAACUUCUGAAUUCUACUAGGUUAAAAUAUAUAAAAGGAGAAGAAUUUUUUCAAUAUUUUUAUUAACCUUUUUCUAAAACAAAAGAGCAAAUCCCUCCUGUGCUGGCUAAGGAAAGUUGUGGUUUCUUUUACUUUCAGUUUUACAUUUACAAUGUUCUGAAGAGGUUUAGCAAAUAGCUCUAUGGCAGUUGAGUGAGUUAGUCUGUUGGGAGGAGAGGCAUAUUCAUGCACAGGUAUAGUGUAUGCACAUUUUUUAAA